UCUCGAAACUACCAGGACAGUUCUUCUCGCACCUACUCCCAGAGAUACGGUAACUACGUGCGGCACCACGGCUACAGUAUGGGCUUCCACAGGCCAUCCUUCACCACUCUGAUGAUGGCUGGCGGCGCGUAUGCCCUCUACCGCCAUUACAGCAACAAGAAGAAACUCGGCAAGGUCUAUGGAUAUCCUGGCUACGGUGGCUACGGCAGUUCGUUUGGCGCCCUCGGGGGUGGCGGCUUCGGUGCCCUGGGAAAUCCUCGCGGCAAAUACACCAACUUCAACACCGUGGGAGCAGCGCCGGCGUACGGAAACUACGGCUACAACAACUACAACAACUACAACAGCUUUGGCCGGCCCGGCUCGCAAGUGCCCUCCUAUCCGAUCACCCACAAGCCGAACUACGCGACGAGCAAGCCGGACUUCGUGAACCGCAAUCGGAAUCCCAGCUACCCGGUCACUAAAAAACCGUACAGGACGAGCAGCGGCUCCAGAAGCACCAGCAGUCGGUCCGGGAGCAGUUCUCGCAGUUCUCGCAGAAGUAGCUCCAGCCGCCGCUCUUGGGGAAGGUCCUCCCGCUCGCGGUUCGGUGGCAGGGGCGGUGGCAGGAAGGGCUGACGCGGCGGUCGGUGGCGCCGGCGCGCGCGGCCGUCCCAGUACGAGGCCGACGUCGACCCUCGCACCGUAGCCGAGGCCGAUUCCGGCCGGUCACCGGGCCGGACCCGGCGGCUCGCACUUGGCACGUGUCGUCCCGCCGCGGUCAGAUCGGCCCCGCUGGCCGAUGACCUACGGAAUCUUACCGGAUAGCCUAUACAGCCCAGAGUCGCGAGCAUUAGCUGCAUGCCAGCUGCGCGCGUCCUGACGACGUUUAGCUCCUGAUACCUUGAGACAUCGGUCGUAAGAUGCUUGUAUAUUCUUCCACAUACAGCCAGGAAGUUAAUACUAAUGCACGCCAGUAUCAUACAUAAGCUUUUUGUUCUCGUGGCCACACUCUUUCACAAUGCGUUGACGACAGUCUUUUUUCGAAAGUGAUAGCAGCCUCACUAAAUAUCAAUGUUGGUGGUCGGAGAGGCAACCUAGAGAUGGCUCACGGAAGACAGGCCGGCCUAAAACGUAUCCUGUGUAGGUGUUCUUGAGACGCAUUUAUUGUAAACCAGUACAUGGAGAAAUGUACUUGUAGUCCAUGAAACCGUGUUACGCAUUAACUGUUUUUUUUUGUUUGUUUUUUUGGUGGUGGCAAUACAAAACUAAACAGUCAA